AUGCUGUCUGCUGUAUCUGGCCCGCAUCAACGAGGCCAGAAACUCUACCAGAAGGGCGACUUCAAGGCAGCGAUCGAGGCUUUUGGCGAGGCGCUGAAUCACAAAGACGCCGAUGCAAUUGGCAUCCUCGAUAACCGUUCUGCUACAUACUGUAAAUUAGAACAGUAUGACCAGGCGCGCCGAGAUGCAAAACAUAUGAUUAAAAAUGCCAAGGAGGAUGAGCGAGGUUAUCUGCGCUGCGCCAAGGUCCUUCUGCUGGAGGGAAAGCCUGAAAAGGCCUUGGAGAUAUAUGCGUAUGGCUUGAAAGUCCUCCCGAGCAAGCAUCCACGUCGAGAGAUGAUGGAACUUCUACACAAGAAGCUCCAGAAUCGCAUGAUGCUCAAUCGAAAAGACCCCUUCACCAUGCUCCCCCUUGAGAUAGCAGCCAUGGUGAUCCAGCAUUUCUCCUUCAAAAACAUCGUGGCAAUUCUGCGCGUCUGCAAGGACUGGGAACGCUUCUUCGGCUCCAUGACCUACCUUUGGAUGGAGAUCGAUUUGUCUGGGGCUCGGGGAAAAGUGCCAUGGACGGCAGUCCGGUCAUACAUUCGACGCUCAAAGGCCAUGCUCACCCGUGCCAUCAUCAAAAACCUCGCUACACCUUCUACACCCAAAAGCAUAGAGUUCCUGAGCAGAUGCCCGCGCAUUGAACAUCUCGAGCUGUGGGUAGACUACGACUUUAAGGAAUUCUUCCAAAAGUUCAAAGGGCACAAACAGCUCAAGAGUCUUACCCUUUCGCCUGACAUCUCAGUGUCACACGACAAUUUUGGUAGACUUCUGGUUGAACUCCCGCGACUUGAACGCAUUGCUCUGUGGAACGUUAGACCGUCGUCUUUGGCAUUUAUUGAGGGUGGCCACUGGCCUAAAACUCUACCUAAUCUCAAGAGCAUCACAUUGGCCACUCAGCAGAUUCCGACGCCGCCUAUAACCGUUCCCGGCGUGCUUCUGCCCAACCUUCUCGUCGACAUGGAGCCUCGCGUGUAUCCGAAUCUGGAAGAGCUUCGGCUUGAUUGGGACCCACCAAAAUACCAGCAAUUGUUCUUACAAUACUACGAGGAUUUCUAUCCACCACUCCGCCGUUUGGAUCUUCGUGGAAUAUGCAUUGAACGGGAUACAUUUGUCCACUUGCCCACCAGCCUCGAGUACCUCUGCGUCCAGGGAGGGAAAUCCACGCCCCAGAUUUUAGAUGAACCGGAGAGUCGUUUAACAAACUUGAACACAGUCAUAUUUAGCGAUGCGGGCUUCGUAACCACGGAAACACUCGUCACAUUCCUCAUACUUUCGCAUGGACCAAUCCAGACAGUGCACAUUGACCAGUGCUUCAAUGUGUGGGCCUCCCAUCUUCUACUCGUCCUGAACAGUCAGCAUAUCAACCCCAAUUUUAAGCUGUCUGAAUUGAGUCUCUCUCACAUGCGUGAUGUGAGUGAUGCUUUUGUGCGAACCCUCUUCGAGAAGCUGCCUCUCCUCAAAGUCCUCAAUCUAUCACACACGCGCAUCACCGGUGUCACCAUCCGGAUGUGUGCUGAUGCGAGGGCUAGUGCGGAUGGAGUCAAGCUUGAUCGGCUGUUUGUCCGAGGCUGCGAAGAUGUAUCUUCCGAUGCAGUAGCCUAUGGACGCGAGCGGGGAUUGGAGGUAAUAACCUGA